AUGGCGAAUUCAGCACAAAAUACACAGGCAACACCAGAUCCAUUUCACACGGCGUUGAACGAAUUGCUGGUCAAGUUCAAAAAUCGUCUAACAGCUCGUGAACUGCAGAGGUUCAAGGGCACAACCCUCGAAGAUGUGAAGGCUACGCUUGCAGACAUCGAGAAGCGUCAAGACACGCAACGCGAGUUACGCAAUCUAACCAGAAUUCGGGGAUUUCUGGACGCCAUGGAUCAAUUUGGCAAAGUGAUUGAAGUAUUCCCAAAUUCUUCCAAUAUGGUAGCGUUUGUCUGGGGUCCUCUCAAAUUCCUUCUUCAGACGUCGAGUACCUGGGCAAGCUCGUUAGACCGAAUACUUGAUGCAUAUGAGCAAAUUGGAGAAGCGCUUCCUUUGUUGACGCAAUAUAAAUCCCUGUUUGAACAGCACCCGGAAAUGCAAAGGGUUCUGGUCCUAAUCUACAAGGAUAUAUUGGAAUUCCACGCACCAGCAAUUCGCUUCUUCGAUCAUCCUGUUUGGCGCCAGCUUUUCAGGUCCAUUUGGAAUGAUUUCAAAGCAAACUUUGACGGAAUCCUGCAGAAUUUUGGUCGACAUAGACGGCUGAUCGAAUCCCAAUUCGCCCUUUUACAAGCACGUCAGCACGAGGCUGAUAGGAUAGACACAGAAACACAUCGCGCACAUCUGAAGUCGGAGCUCAGUAGCCUCUCACGAGAAUUGCAUAGUGCGCAACGUUUACUUGAGCGAGCUGAGGAGGAACGUAAGCGCGAGCGGUUGUCUUCGAUCAAAGAGUGGAUAGGUGGCUCGAAUCCCGGGGUAAUUCAUGCGGAAAUGCUCAAGGUGAGGGAUGAUUAUUCUGAAACUGGGAACUGGAUCAAGAGCUCUUCAGAAGUAUCGUGCUGGCUCAAUGAUGAUAUACCUCGAUCAUCGACGUUGUGGAUGCAUGGUAUGCCAGGUGCGGGCAAGAGUGUUCUGGCAUCAAUCAUAAUUGAAGCAUGCAGAAAACAAGAAAACCACCGAACAGCAUAUUACUAUUGCAGAUCUGAUGACAUUAACACUUUGUCAUCUCUUGCCAUACUGAAAGGCAUUCUGAUACAGCAGCUUGCGUGGUAUCCGCAUCUGGCAUCAUAUUUCCAGGAGCAACGUCAACAAAAGCCCGAGGUCACACUCAAUAUGGAGAGCACAGCAAGACAGAUUUUCGAAACGAUUGCUUGGGAGAGUGAUCGUCAGUACAUCAUCAUCGAUGGCUUGGAUGAAUGUGAAAAAGAGGAUCGAAAGAUGAUCAUUUCCUUCCUUACAUCUCUGAUAACCAAAAUUGAUGCCAAGAUUCCUUCCAAACUUCGACUACUUAUUAUCAGCCAAACAGAGCCCGACAUCAGAAGACUAGUUGAACGAGCAAGAGAGUUCGAGCUUAAAGCAAACCACAAUGCACAAGACAUCGGCUCGUUUGUCCACACAUGGAUGGCGAGACUCAACAACAAGUUUGGCCUUCCGGAAGUAACCGUCACCGCGCUUGAGCAAAGAACAUGCAGUCUUGCAAAAGGUCAAUUCUUAUUUGCCAAACUGGUCAUGGAGAACCUAUUCAGCCAACCAACACGAGACGAAUUGUAUGACGAAUUGGAAGAGACUAACUUCCCCAAAGAAUUAUCCCAAGCAUAUGAUCGAAUUUUUGAACGCAUGAAAAGGGAUCUCAGCAAGAAAGAGUGGAAAGUAGCGAUAAGACUUCUUGGAUGGAUUACAUGCGCCGAAAGAACACUCAAGUGGCGCGAGAUGCAAGCUGCGCUCUCCAUAUCUCCUGACCAAGGUGUCGUUGAUUUUGACGGUAGGCAAGCCCGAGAACAUAUCCAUAACUUAUGUGGGGCACUAGUUAGUGUGAACGGUGAGCGAGUAAUGCUCGUGCAUGCUACGGCAAAAUGGCACAUCUUGAAAUCGAGUCGUAUUGACAUCACGGACAUCGAAUUCCAGCUUGCAACCCUAUGCUUACAAUAUCUUUGUUUUCAAUGCUUCAAUGUUGUUGGGAACAAUACUGUUCCACAGUGGGAGCUUCACUCUUCCAUUCUUGAUGGGUCUUUCGGAUUCAUGGACUAUGCAAUUCCGAAGUGGAUGGGCCACUUCGACCGUGUUUACAGCAAAGCAAGCUAUCUAUCAGACCCCAGUCAAUUCGAACAACAUGAGCUUGUAAUGCAAGCCCUAUGUGAAGCAGCACAUGAUUUUUGUAUCACUUACUCUGGCGAUCUUGAUCUACAUCGUGCAGAGACCAACAAACUUCAAGAGGGUGAGAAUCUCAGCAAGCAAUUUCAACAAGUGCUCGACCAAUUUGAGGAUAGCGAACCCAGCUUUCGGUCACUAUGGAGUCACAUGGUAGAACACCGCCAGCAAAGUUUCGUGAAGAGGAAUGAGGUCAGUUUGAAUCAGCUCAAAGUGGCAAUGGAUACAAUUCGCUCGAAUAUCGAAGAAAUGUCGAACAACAGGUCCUUGGCUAGAGAAACGCGCGAGAAAUUGGAAAAGUUUUAUGGAUCGAGACCUUUCAAAUGUCCGAAGACGACCUGCUUCUAUUUCCACGAGGGUUUUCUCGAUAAGAAGACGCGCGACCAUCAUGUACAGCGUCAUGAUAGGCCACAUCACUGUGCUGUUCCUGAUUGUACUGUCGCCGAAGCUGGUUUCGCCACCAAGAAACUUCUCGAUCAGCACACCGAGAAUUUCCACCUGGACCCAGAAGUGAAGGCCGGCAUGUUCAAAGACAUCAAGCCAGAGAAACCAAGCCAUGCAAAGUUUGACUGCGGAAAAUGUGGCAAGAGUUUCGUUCGAAGGUCAAUACUGAAAGACCAUGAGCUCACUCAUGCCGGAUUAAGACCUCAUGAGUGCUCGCGGUGUGGAAAGGCCUUCACAAGAAAGAGUGACUGCACGCGGCAUGAGAAGAAUCAUGAUAUUCGCAGGUGA